UCCGCACGUGUCUGUGUUGAGCAGCUGCUGUGUGGUGCUCACGGAGCGGCACCUGCCUGCUGUGGGUGUCUGUGUGCAAGCCUGUGAGUGCACAUGUGUGUGACUGCUGCGUACCCGCGCACAGGGUGGCGACCGUCCUCUGUGGUGACCGCAUGCGCAGGCGUGUGUGCACGUGUGUGAUCACCGCGCGCUGGGGCACGGAAGCCGGGAGACCUCACGUAUGUCCUCCAGCUCCAAACGCCUCAGAGAGGACGGAGGCUGUGUCCCGUGCCGUGUGUGUCUGCCCUGGGGUUUCCACGGAGCCACUCCUUCAAUGGCUGGAGUCUGGGGCAGCCGCUUCGCUGGCAGACUUGCAGGAGGGUCCCUCACAGGGCUCUGGGCAGGUGACUCUGUUGCCGGUCACGGCCUGUGACCUCGAGGCUGUCCCAUCCCCACUUCCAGCACUGGUCAUGUUGUACCAGGUGGGAGAGGUGUGUGUGUGUCUGCCCGCGUGCACGUGAGGGCAGGGGUGUGAAUAUGUGUGUGUGUGUGUGUGUGUGUGUGUGUGUGUGUGUGUCUUAUCAGCUUAUGGCUGAGCUGCCUGUUCUUGGGCCCAAAGUGGGCUCUGAAGCUUCCACAUGGGCAUGGGCUGGCCUCAGUCCCUCCUCUGGGGGCCUUGCUGAUACAAUCCAGGGCGAGUCUGAGCCCACGGCUCCUUCCGCAGAGCUGCCUGGACGGCCAGGGUGGCUGGGAGGACAGGGCUUGGCCUGUGCAGGGGCCAGGCUGAGUGGUGCAGCCAUCCUCCGGGGGUGUCACAUUGUCCUGGAGGGGAACUGGGAACUGGAACAGAAUGUCCUGCUUCCCUUGGGAGGGGUCGGGCUUGUCACAUGAGUCACCCCAAUCCUCACAGGGCUUUGCUGCCUUGAAUCACCUGCCUGGUAUUUGUCUGACCCUCGUGUCCACCGUGAGGUCAGUGGGUGCGGUGGUCAGCUUGCCUUCCCGAGAGGCCGUGAUGUGCAGAGGGCUGCCCUGCGCUGGGGCCGGCCUGGAGGCAGGGCACCUUCUGUUCACUGUGGCCUGAUGUCCACCUGUGAGAUGGGCCUACCUGUUGGGGUGAGCAGGAGGCCAUGCCAGGCUCGGGGUCACUAAGCUGCUCACACCUCAGAGUGUGCCCUGAGGAAGCAGACCGUGUCCUGCAGGCCGUGCCCACGGCCCGAAGCUGCUGGGCUGGGCGGCGGCAGCAUUCCUGACACUUACCUUAAAAGGGAAGCGGUAGCCCAGGUGACCCUGGGAACCGGUGAGGCCAGCCCUGGGCUGGUGCAGGUGUGGCUGCCUUCCAGGCUGCCUGGUCACAGGCAGGAGUGAGUGUGGCCCCCAGAGGCAACUCUGACUGGCUGCAUGGAGGGGCUCCUCCUUCUCUCUCACCGAUGGGAACUGAGGCCCCCGGGGGAUGGGCUGCCUGGGCGGCAAGGCCAGGGUUGCCCUGGGGUGGGUCCCAGAGGGGUUCCCAGAGCUGUCCGACAGGAGACUGUGGGUGCUGAGGGUCCACACAGCGGGGCCAGGCUCUCUCCGGAAGGGCGGCCCCAUGCUCACUCGCAAGGGGGACCUUUCCCAAGGCACAGGCCAGGAUUCCCAGGGACAUGCCAGCAUGCUGCCUGGGUCCAGCUCCCUUUGACCCGGGACCCCUGGCUGGGCAGCCUGGGGAGGGGAGGGGCAGCUUCUCCCCCGGCCCCUGGGCCCGUGUUGGGCGGGGCCGUGCAGGUGUCUGUGCUCACCCUCCUCACCCUCCUCACCCUCCUCACCCUCCUCACCCUCCUCACCCUCCUCACUCUCCGGUAUUUGUUUCGGGGGCGGGUAGGGCUUCUGUGGCAGAGGCUAGAGGGCCCGGGACUCGCCAGAAUCCCCCAGCCCCAGCCCCAUCACGCCCUGGAAUGGCCUCUCCGGGGGGGAAGAGGGCACCGAGCUGGGCCCCGGGGUGGGGUCUGAGUCAGGAGUGGAGUGGGAGGCUCUUGACCAGAGUGUGCUGCCUGUGGGGUGACAGGGCCAUGGGGCUCUCGGGCAAGAGCUCUUUGGGAAGUGCGGGACCCAGGCCUGGUCAGGAAGAGCUGACCAGGAAGAGCUGGGCUUGGGCUCUGUGAGCCUGCUGGCCUGGGCAGCCCAGAAACGGGAUGGCCAGGUCGCUACUGCUGGCCGCCACGGCCUCUUCUCUCCACGGGAACUGAGCCUGGCCUGGGCCUAUCCCUCCCUCCCCAGCUGCCCCCGUCAUGUAGACUGGUCCCCUAGACCCAGGUGUGACCUGGCUCCUGUGCAUGCAGUGUUUUGAGUGGUGGGGGGCUCUCAGGGAAGUUUCCAGGGGCGGGGGCACAGGGGAGAAGCUCUGGGGAGGAGAGGCCCAGCCUGGCUUCACCCUCUCCAGCUCUGGGGUGGGAGCCCUGCUGGCCCCAGCCUGGGCUGUUCCUGCCUCCUUCCCCGAAGAGAAGGCAGCAGAGACGCCCAGCCAUUGUCAGGAGGUGGGAGGCUAGCUGAGGCCUGGGGCUUUGGUACGAGUGCUGGGGCAGAGCGGGCAGGCUCAGGAAGGCCUGGGUGGGCACAGCAGGCAGGGCCCUGGGGUGUGGGGUGAGGGCAGUGCCUGGGGAAGGAGGACCUCACAUGAGAUGCUGCUGUCAUCACUGGCAGCUGUGCCCAGGACUGUCACUGCCGGGCAGGCUCCUCACUCGGCUGAGGUCCAGGGAUGGACACAGGUUCACUGAACGCGGCCAGCCUGAGGGAGGAGCAGCUGCACCUGUCCUUGCUGGUGUCUAGCGGCUGGAGGACAAUCAGCUUCCACGUGGUGCCCGUGGUGAGAAGGAGGCUUGGGGUUCCUGUGCUGGAGGGGGCCCAGCAGAUGCCUGGAUUCCCCGAGGGCAGCCUGAGAAGGGUCCUCAGCCAAGGGGUGGACCUGGUGCCGGCCAGUGCCCAGCUCUGGAGGACCUCCACUGACUACCUGCUCACCAGGCUGCUUGGGGAGCUGGGCUCCAUGCAGGGCCAUCGCCUGGACAGUCUCUCCAUCCUCGACCGGGUGAACCACGAGAGCUGGCGAGACGGUGGUCGGACCGACGGCCUGACCUUCGGCCAUCUGAAGAUGGUGCUGCUGUGGGCCUCCGAGCUCUUCCCGGCGCCCGAGGACUGGGCGGAGCUGCAGGGCGCCGUGUACCGCGUGCUGGUGGUGCUGCUGUGCUGCCUGGCCACGCGGACGCUGCCCCACUUCCUCCAGCGGCAGCACAACCUGCUGCAGGGCAGCAGCCUGGACCUCGGCGCCGUCUACCAGCGCGUGGAGGGCUUUGCCAGCCAGCCCGAGGCGGCCCUGCGCAUCCACGCCACCCACCUGGGCCGAGGCCCCCCGCCACGCAUCAGCUCCGGGCUCAAGGCGCUCCUGCAGCUGCCGGCCAGCGAUCCUGCCUACUGGGCCACCGCGUACUUCGACGUCCUGCUGGACAAGUUCCAGGUCUUCAACAUCCAGGAUGAGGGCCGGAUUUCUGCCAUGCAGAGCAUCUUCCGGAAGACCAGGACUCUGGGCAGCGAGGAGAGCUGAGCUGGGCCACCUGGCCUUGGCUGCCCAUUCACGGCCGCCCCCAGACUCUGCACCGCACCACGGGAGGUCCCGGGGCAUUUGGGACAAGGAAUGGGCUUCUCAUGGAGCGGGUGGUGGAGGGAUUUUGUCCCCAGGAGUGGCCUCUGAGAGUCUUUCAGUGCCUAGCGAGGCAGGGCAGGCCUCCUGGAGCACCUCAUCCCGGGGUGAGGGCCUGGAGGCAGGUGCUACGCUUUCCACGUGGUGCCUGUUGAUCCAGCCACGUGGUGUUGAAGAGAAAGCCGCGUUGGCUGAGACCUGGGUCUGAGUGCCUGGCCCUGCCUGCACCGUAUGCCGUUCCUUGGUGAUGAAAUGCUGUGUAUUUGGUCUUGAAUAAAUGAACGUACCGGGUAUACGCAGCAGAAAAGAUACUCUCCACUUCUUGUAUAUCUGUGUGGAAAACAUUUCCCCUAGAAGUAGAAGAGGCCCACGUGCAGAUGGAUAAUUUUGAGUGUUCUCCAUUCUCUGCGAAUGACCCCCCCUUCCCCAGGCAUCCCCACCUCCUACCUUGUUCUUAGAGCAAACCCAGGCCGGCAGAGGGUGCACACACAUCCAUGAGCCCACCGGCCCAGCACUCGUCCCAUCUGCAUCUUCCCGUCCCUGGGGAAGUGGCCCCUGAUGUGGUUCGGAUCUGUGUCCGCACCCCAAUCUCUUGCCGAAUUGUAACCUCCAGUGUUGGAGGAGGGGUGAGUGGGAGGUGACGGAUCAUGCGUGGACUCUCCCUUGCUGUUCCUGCCACAGUGACUUCUCAUGAGCUCUGGUUGUCUGAGAGUGCGCGGCACCUGCUCUUCCGUCUCCCUCCUCCUCCCGGCACGAGAGACGCGCCUCCUUCCCCUUCCCCUUCCACCACUACUGUCGGUUUUCUGAGCCUCCCAGAUAUGCUUCCUGUACAGCCUGAGGACUAUGAGUCAAUUAAACCUUGUUAUUCAUUA